AUGACCAUCCCUCAGCUGCAGAACCUUUUGAAGAAGCGUCAGGAGGAUGGGCGUGUCUUUGCUGGGUUUUCGCUCCAUAACAUGGGCGUGACAGUUGAUGUAGAUAUCUUUAUAUGUGUGUCUUCGGGCACAAGGGAGAAAGCCAACUGUGACCACAAGGCUGGCACAUUUUCAAUUCUGGGUGGAGAGGUAGAAAUGCCGUUUGUCUUUGACCGUCUCUACAAACAUGAAAUCACGAAAUCUGUUCGUGACCUGGGAUCUAGACUGGACAGCGCGGCCAACUUCGAAGUAAUUGUGGAAAUUAGAGCUAACAAUGGAAGUCUCCUCGACUCCUCAAUUCUGCCUGCUGCAACUAUCAUUUUUGUGCCUGGAACUAAAGAGACACAGGAUGAGUUCGGCAAUACCAACCCUUAUCUGGUUAGAAAGAAUGUCAACUUCCUCAACCCCAGGGAGAAGCUCUCGUUGAUCCAUGCUCUGCGGGGACUCCAAGCGGACCGAUCAGCUGAGGGUUAUCAGGCAAUUGCUGCCUUCCACGCUGUCCCGCCACUCUGCCCUGGUCCUGAGGCCAGCGAAAGACAUGCCUGCUGCAUCCAUGGCAAGGCCACGUUCCCUCAUUGGCACAGACUCUACACUGUCCAAAUCGAAGAUGGCCUCCGCAGACAGGGCUCUCUAGUAGGCUUGCCCUACUGGGAUUGGGCCAGCGAUACUGUUGCUCUCCCUAGCUUCAUCACGGACGCGUCCUUCACAGACCCUUACACUGGGGUUGUCUACGAAAAUCCUUUCAAUAAUGCAACAAUUAAUUUUGAGCAGGCUGUCGUGGAAAGAGAAGUAUUAGGUCAGUAUUUGCAUAAGCGCGGUCCUCACGGUUGGGACACCCGGCUGUUCGAGCAAACACUGCUGGCUCUGGAGCAGGAAGAUUUCUGUGACUUUGAGAUCCAGCUGGAGGUGACCCAUAAUGCGAUCCACUCCUGGCUUGGGGGAUCCAAAGAACAUUCCAUGGGACACCUUCAUUAUGCAUCCUACGAUCCAGUGUUUUUUCUGCAUCACUCCAACACUGAUAGACUCUGGGCUGUCUGGCAAGCUCUUCAGAAACAUCGGGGUCAUUCUUCACAAGGGGCAAACUGCGCUUUGGAGCUAUUGAAAGAACCACUGAAACCGUUCAGCUUUGGGUCGCCAUACAACCUGAACCCAACCACACAAACCUUUUCCCGCCCGGAAGACGCCUUUGACUACUCUGCACACUUCAACUACCAGUACGAUGACCUGGAGUUUGUCGGGAUGAAUGUUCCAGCCCUGGACGCUUUAAUCAAGGAGAGACAGGGGCGUGACAGAGUUUUCGCGG